AUGGGCACUGCUGGCGGUAGCAUUGGGCUGUCCCUCCGAGCUUCUCAUCCCCGGGAGCAGACCUUCUCUGCAGCUCCUACAGACAGCAAGCAGCAUGAUGCACUUGAUCUGACUAUGUUCUAUCCUUUUCAGAAUGGGUUGAAUGGUUUACAUCUGGCUUCUAAAGAAGGCCACGUGAAAAUGGUGGUUGAGCUUCUGCACAAGGAAAUCGUUUUAGAAACCACAACGAAGAAAGGGAACACAGCCUUGCACAUUGCUGCCCUAGCAGGUCAAGAUGAAGUGGUCCGGGAACUCGUCAACUACGGAGCUAAUGUCAACGCACAGUCUCAGAAAGGCUUUACGCCCCUCUACAUGGCAGCACAGGAAAAUCACUUGGAAGUUGUUAAGUUUCUGCUGGAAAAUGGAGCAAAUCAGAACGUCGCUACGGAAGAUGGCUUCACACCAUUGGCCGUGGCACUGCAGCAGGGCCAUGAGAAUGUGGUGGCUCACCUGAUCAACUAUGGGACGAAGGGAAAGGUGCGUCUGCCAGCCCUUCACAUCGCAGCCCGGAACGAUGACACAAGAACCGCAGCUGUCCUGCUCCAGAAUGACCCAAAUGCAGAUGUACUGUCCAAGACAGGAUUCACCCCGCUCCACAUAGCAGCCCACUAUGAGAACCUCAAUGUGGCCCAAUUACUGCUAAACCGGGGCGCCAGUGUCAACUUUACUCCACAGAAUGGCAUCACUCCCCUGCAUAUUGCUUCUCGCAGAGGGAAUGUGAUCAUGGUACGACUCCUGCUGGAUCGUGGGGCUGAGAUAGAAACGAGGACCAAGGAUGAAUUGACUCCUCUCCACUGUGCAGCUAGAAAUGGGCAUGUGCGAAUCUCAGAGCUCCUGCUGGACCACGGGGCACCCAUCCAGGCCAAAACCAAGAAUGGCUUGUCCCCCAUCCACAUGGCAGCUCAGGGUGACCAUCUAGAUUGUGUGCGGCUCCUGCUACAGUACAAUGCAGAAAUAGACGACAUCACCCUGGACCACCUGACGCCUCUCCACGUAGCGGCCCACUGUGGCCACCAUAGAGUGGCCAAGGUGCUUUUGGACAAAGGGGCCAAACCCAACUCCAGAGCCCUGAAUGGCUUCACGCCCUUACACAUCGCCUGUAAGAAGAAUCACAUCCGCGUGAUGGAGUUGCUGCUGAAGACGGGAGCUUCCAUAGAUGCAGUCACUGAGUCUGGACUGACCCCACUCCAUGUAGCGUCCUUCAUGGGGCACCUUCCCAUUGUGAAGAAUCUUCUUCAGCGGGGAGCAUCACCUAAUGUCUCCAAUGUGAAAGUGGAGACACCACUACAUAUGGCAGCCAGAGCUGGGCACACAGAAGUAGCCAAAUAUUUACUCCAGAACAAAGCCAAAGUUAAUGCCAAGGCCAAGGAUGACCAGACCCCACUUCACUGUGCAGCUCGCAUCGGGCAUACAAAUAUGGUGAAGCUUCUCCUGGAAAACAAUGCCAACCCCAACCUCGCCACGACUGCUGGACACACCCCUCUGCACAUCACAGCACGAGAGGGCCAUGUGGAAACAGCCCUGGCACUACUAGAAAAGGAAGCUUCCCAGGCUUGCAUGACCAAGAAAGGAUUUACCCCUCUCCAUGUUGCUGCUAAAUAUGGAAAGGUAAACGUGGCCGAGCUACUGCUGGAAAGGGACGCCCAUCCAAAUGCAGCUGGAAAAAAUGGCCUCACCCCUCUCCAUGUGGCUGUCCAUCACAAUAACCUGGAGAUUGUGAAACUUCUCCUGCCUCGAGGAGGCUCUCCACACAGCCCUGCUUGGAAUGGCUACACCCCUCUACACAUCGCUGCCAAACAGAACCAGAUGGAGCUUGCCAGCAACUUGCUACAAUAUGGGGGGUCUGCAAAUGCAGAAUCAGUACAAGGUGUGACACCCCUUCACCUUGCAGCUCAAGAGGGUCAUGCGGAAAUGGUUGCUCUGCUUCUCUCGAAACAAGCUAAUGGCAACCUCGGGAACAAGAGCGGCCUCACUCCUCUCCAUCUGGUGGCUCAAGAGGGCCACGUGGCGGUAGCUGACGUGCUCAUCAAACAGGGCGUCACAGUGGACGCCACCACUCGGAUGGGCUAUACCCCAUUACAUGUGGCCAGCCAUUAUGGAAAUAUCAAGCUGGUAAAGUUCCUGCUACAACACCAGGCAGAUGUCAAUGCAAAGACCAAGCUAGGAUACACUCCUUUGCACCAGGCAGCUCAGCAAGGACAUACGGAUAUUGUGACCCUGCUGCUGAAGAACGGUGCUUCCCCCAAUGAAGUCAGCUCGAAUGGAACUACUCCUUUGGCUAUUGCCAAACGCCUCGGCUACAUUUCUGUGACCGAUGUGCUGAAAAUUGUGACAGAUGAAACUGGUGUUGUGUUAGUCAGCGACAAGCACCGAAUGAGCUUCCCAGAGACAGUGGACGAGAUUCUGGAUGUCUCUGAAGAUGAAGGAGAGGACCUUGUGGGCUCCAAACCUGAAAGGCAGGAUUCCAGAGAUGCAGAUGAAGAGAAGGAACUCCUUGACUUUGUGCCCAAGCUAGAUCAAGUGGUGGAAUCUCCAGCCAUUCCCAGGAUUCCAUGUGUCACCCCUGAGACUGUGGUGAUCAGAGCGGAGGAGCCAGAACAGGCAUCUAAAGAAUUUGAUGAAGAUUCAUUAAUUCCCAGCAGCCCAGCAACAGAGACCUCAGAUAAUAUUAGUCCUGUAGCCAGCCCAGUACAUACAGGCUUCCUGGUGAGCUUCAUGGUUGAUGCCCGUGGGGGCUCCAUGAGAGGAAGUCGGCACAAUGGCCUGAGAGUCAUCAUCCCGCCCCGGGCAUGUGCAGCGCCCACUCGCAUCACUUGCCGCCUGGUCAAACCCCAGAAGUUGAGCACGCCACCACCCCUGGCUGAGGAAGAGGGCCUGGCCAGCAGGAUCAUUGCGCUGGGGCCAACGGGGGCCCAGUUCCUAAGCCCCGUGAUUGUGGAAAUCCCCCACUUUGCCUCCCAUGGUCGAGGAGACCGAGAGCUGGUGGUGCUUCGGAGUGAGAAUGGCUCCAUGUGGAAGGAGCAUCGGAGCCGCUACGGAGAAAGCUACCUCGACCAAGCCCUCAACGGGAUGGAUGAAGGUAACUGGGGGCCCAGCAUCAAGUACAGAGCCAGUGAACUGGAGAGCUUGGAGGAGCUGGAGAAAAAGCGAGUUUGCCGGAUCAUCACCACAGACUUCCCUUUGUAUUUUGUGGUCAUGUCUCGCCUCUGCCAAGACUUUGACAUGAUCGGCCCUGAAGGGGGGUCUCUAAAGAGCAAGCUGGUCCCCAUGGUGCAAGCAACCUUUCCCGAAACUGCUGUAACCAAGAAAGUCAAACUGGCUCUCCAGGCUCAACCUGUGCCAGAUGAACUAGUCACCAAACUUUUGGGUAACCAAGCAACAUUCAGCCCAAUUGUGACCGUGGAACCCCGGCGGAGGAAGUUCCACCGGCCCAUAGGGCUCCGGAUCCCUCUACCUCCUUCUUGGAAAGACAAUCCCCGGGACAGCGGGGAAGGGGACACCACAAGUCUCCGCCUACUCUGCAGUGUCAUUGGAGGAAUAGCACAAGCCCAGUGGGAAGAUAUUACAGGAACUACCAAGUUGGUCUAUGCCAAUGAGUGUGCCAACUUCACCACCAAUGUAUCUGCAAGGUUUUGGUUGUCUGAUUGCCCACGGACAGCUGAGGCUGUGGACUUUGCCACGCUGCUGUACAAAGAGCUGACUGCUGUGCCAUAUAUGGCCAAGUUUGUGGUGUUCGCCAAGAUGAACGAUGCCAGAGAGGGACGGCUACGCUGCUACUGCAUGACGGAUGACAAAGUAGACAAGACCCUAGAGCAACAUGAAAACUUCGUUGAAGUAGCCCGGAGCAGAGACAUUGAGGUGUUGGAAGGAAUGCCCCUCUUUGCAGAGCUCUCCGGGAACCUGGUACCUGUCAAAAAAGCUGCUCAACAACGGAGCUUUCACUUCCAAUCCUUUCGAGAAAACCGUCUUGCCAUACCCGUGAAGGUUAGGGACAGCAGCCGAGAAGCCGGAGGAUCUCUGUCAUUUCUGCGAAAGGCGAUGAAAUAUGAGGACUCUCAACAUAUCCUCUGCCACUUGAACAUCACAAUGCCCCCAUGUACCAAGGUAAGCCAUGCCACUCUGCACCCAGCAUCUCCUUGCUAUGGUCAGGAGGCCCAGAAUGACCUCAGGGAACUGGCUCGCGAGUUGCAGUUUGGCGUGGAGGACAUCAACAGGAUACGUGUGGAGAACCCCAACUCCUUGUUGGAGCAGAGCUCAGCCCUAUUGAACCUCUGGGUCAUCCGGGAAGGCAAAAAUGCCAAGAUGGAAAAUCUUUACACGGCUUUGAGGAACAUUGACCGGAGUGAGAUUGUGAACAUGUUAGAAGGUUCUGGCCGGCAGAGUAGAAGCCUGAAACCAGACAGGAGGUAUCCAGACCGCGACUACUCUUUAUCACCGUCCCAGAUGAAUGGUUAUGCCUCGCUGCAGGAUGAGCUGCUCUCCCCGGCCUCCCUGCACUACACGCUGCCCUCUCCCUUGCGUGUAGAUCAAUAUUGGAACGAGGUGGCCAUCAUUGACGCCAUCCCCAUGGCCCCCACGGAGCACGAUGCCCUGAUGGAAAUGUCGGACAUGCAGGUGUGGUCCUCAGGCCUCACACCUUCCCUGGUCACCGCUGAAGACUCCUCUCUGGAGUGUAGCAAGGCAGAGGACUCUGAUGCCACAGGAGACUGGAGGCUGCCGGGGCCACUCCUGGAAGACCCCCAGGGCCCUGACCAGCUGGGCUCUCUGGAGCUCGUGGAGGACGACACAGUGGAUUCAGAUGCCAUAAAUGGCCUUAUCGAUUUGCUUGACCAGGAGGAAGGUCAGAGGUCAGAAGAGAAUCUGCCAGGUGGUGAGAGACAGGAUGAGUCAGCCGGCAAGGGACAGGAUUCAGAGCAUGAAGUGUCUCUUCUUUCAGGCCAGCAGAGGGUACAAGCCCGAAUAACAGAAUCCCCCACCGUGAGUCGAGUCAUGGAGAAGAGCCAAGACAGAACAAAGGACUGGGACACAGAUGGCUCUAUCAUCUCCUACCUGAAAGAUGCCACACAGAGCUCUUGGCAAGAGGAGGUCACAGGGGGCCCACACUCCAUCGAGAGAACAGUGACCACCAUCUCCUCUGUAAAAGGCCUGGAGCCCAGUGGGUCUCAGGAAUAUGAGAAGAUCCUGGUCCCCACAGUAGAGCACAUGCGGGUCGACUCACUGGAACCAUCAGAGUCUGAGGGCCCCCUAGACGAGAGAGAGCAGAGACCUGUCAUGAGUCACGACUAUGGAAAAUGGAUGGAAGAAACUGAGAGUGCCUUCUCCAGUCUGGUCAAGCCCCAGCCAGCUGGUAUGCAGGGGCUAAAAUUACAGGGCCAUGACGUCACCCUUGGGCCCAGCCUGGAAUGGCUGUGUCGGAGGGCAGAUGCACAGACCCAGGGCCUCUCCAGCUGCAGCGCUCCUCCCUUCCACUGCUUUCCUGAAGCCUCGCACCCCAAAAGAGAACUAGAGGAAGCUCCGAGUGAGCUCAUGAACCCAGGGAGAGAAUGA